AUGUUGCUCGGACAAGAAGGCCGAUGCUUUUAUUCUGGUGUUCUGAUGGAAUGCGUUGUACCGAAUUCCCAUUGGCGCAUGUCACUGGAGCGGCUUGACAACAACCUUGGGUAUUCGCUCGACAAUUGCGUAUUGCCGGCAGCUGAGUUCAACACGAGUGAUUUUUCCAAGAACAAAAAGGGUUGUUAUGAGGUUUAUGGAACAGCUCAGUGGUCGCGAAGAAAAGUGGCAGAGGUGCCUUUUUUGCGCAUCAGGGACGUCGAUGCCAAUCGCUUGGCGGAGGCGGUCGAAGAAGCACACAGCUCAUCGUUGUUUCCAUACUUUCGGGAAGCGUUUUGCGACCAGCAUGGGGAAUAUGCGCGUCGCUCUGAUGGGCCACUCUCCAAGACCAAGGUUUACAAACGCAGCUACACUUACCAGUACCGGCGUACUUUGCGAGGCACUCUGUCGAAUAUGUUGAGUGGUGCGCGUCGCAGGUCCAAAUUUUGA